UCGCCCACUGAUGUUAAUUCAGUGGAGCUACACGUGGUUUUGGUCCAGCGUAAAAGCGGAGGAGAGAGCUCAGCGCAGCGAGAGGCUUCCAGAGCAGCACCAUGUCUCUGUACCGCAACUCCGCCUGGUUCCUGAAGGGAGUGACCGAGUUCACCAGGAAUGCCUUCCUGUCAACCUCCAAGAGGUUUGUGGAGAAGGACCUGGAGGUGUCCAUGGCUGGACGCGCCUUCAUGAUAACAGGAGCCAACAGUGGCAUUGGGAAAGCCACUGCCAUGGCCAUCGCUAAGAGAGGUGGAACGAUCCACAUGGUGUGCAGGAACAAGGACAAGGCAGAGGAGGCGAGGGCUGAUAUCGUCAAGGAGACGGGAAAUAAAGAAGUCUAUGUCCACAUCCUGGACCUGUCUGAGACCAAGAAGGUUGGGGAGUUUGCUGAAGCCUUCAAGAGAAAGUACAAGGCCCUCAAUGUACUGAUCAAUAACGCAGGUGCCAUCAUGAGUCAGAGGGAGGUGAAUGCUGAGGGGCUCGAGAAGAGCUUCGCCACCAACGUCCUUGGGGUUUACAUUCUCACCAAGAGUCUCAUUCCCUUGCUGGAGAAGAGUGCAGAUCCCAGAGUGAUCACAGUGUCAUCAGGGGGAAUGUUGGUGCAGAAGCUCAGGACAGGAAACCUGCAGUCUGAGAGAGGCCGCUAUGACGGCACCAUGGUCUACGCCCAGCACAAAAGGCAGCAGGUGGUGAUGACAGAGCAGCUGGCAAAGACUCACACUAACAUCCAUUUCUCCGUCAUGCAUCCUGGCUGGGUGGACACUCCCGCGGUGGCCAAUGCCAUGCCAGACUUCCACAGCUCCAUGAAGGACAGUCUGCGGACCCCGGAGCAGGGGGCUGACACUGUGCUUUGGCUGGCUGUCUCUGAGGCUGCAGCCACAAACCCCAGCGGACGUUUCUACCAGGACCGGAAUAUGGUGUCCACCCACCUGCCGCUGGCCUGGACCCACAGCUCUCCCCUGGAGGAGCAGAAGUUAAUGUCUCUGCUGGAGGACUUGGCCAAGACGUUUCAGCCACACUGAGACAGCAGGAAGUGGUUAGCAGCACACCACCAACACUAACACUGACCGAGGCUGGGCUCAGGAUUUCACCCCCCCCCCCGAUGAUAUAAUGCACUCCAGGAGAGGGAACAGAUCUGGGUCCAUCUUAUCCAAAGCAUUUGGAGCGUUAACACUACCUGUGGUCACUGGAUUAAAAUGGGACAAAUAUGAAGAUAUACUGUGAGUUCUAAAAUGUGUUUGGGAAACCCAGCCUUACAAUGCCAGAUUAAACUCACCCAUAACUGAGGGAUGAGCGGGAUUUGUAAUGCUUUAUAACUAUUUAUAUAACACAUUUUCUUAUUUGUGAGCUCGAGGACUAAAAAUGUAAUUGUAUAGGAGUGUUUGAUAGUGAUGCUGCCUUUAAAUGUUUUCAAAGGAUGUUAUCUUGCUGAUAGAGAGAGCACCUUCAUAACACACACACACACACACACACACACACACACAACCCAGUCUGUUACUGUGACUUUAUGAAAGUUGUCAAUCAGAUGGGAAUCUGAUGUGACCAAAGUCACUCACACACCCUGCAUUAAUUCACAACACCAGCUAUGAGUUCAGUCUCAUACUUGUGUCUUGAUGACUUACAAACGUGCCAAGUGGUGUGUAUUUAAUAGCUAUGUAAGUAACUUGUGUAUUUGCUAUAUUGUAGUGCAGCUUCUGGACUGUGCAGGUUGAGCUCAGGCUGGAGAUGAAGUGCUCUCUUUAUUAGCCGUGUGCCUUAAAUACACCUCACAGCAGCAUCACUUGACAUGUGCAAUAAAACCCAUUUAUUUAUGACUCAGUAAUAUCUGCCGAGCAACUUUAACCUUGACCUUACCGCCUGACUUUGGCUUGAGUUUAUCUUGUAAAUGCCUGCUUGAAUAAAGAAAAUGACUGAU